GCUGCUCUGCUGCUGCGUCGUUAGGCCACCAUUGCCAUGGCGUCUCAGCACGCUUGCUUGCGCUCCUUUGUGAGCCUGCGACGUUCUUGUUAUUCCUCCAUAUUGUCCUUUUACCCUCCGUGAACCUCCUCAAAGCGUCGAUGGCGAUCAACCCAGGCUUCGCGAUCCGCCGCAACGGCUCCUGUCUCGCCGGCGGCUACGAGGUCGACUGCGGGCAGACUCGCACGCCAUUUCGAUUAUGCUGUCCCACCGGCCUUGAAUGCCCGUCGCAACAGAAUUUUGCCUGCUGCUCACCAGAGAACAUUAGUUGCACUUCAGCGCUCUUGCCAGAGCCGAAAUGCGCGAACGCGACGUGGGACCUGUUUGAUAACGAGGGCUACUUUUGCUGCGAGCACGGCUUGCCUGGAUAUAAUAUUCGCGGGACACACGGCUGCGCAUCGCCGGGAUUCGUGUAUAGCGGCGGCGAAGAGAGCCUGUCGACAGUCCAGGCUGGCCAGCCCUCUGCAUCCUCUUCGACCGUCUCCGCAACCUCCUCGAAUACCUCGCCCCCUGCGGCGACGAAUACACCGUCAACAGGGGGGUCGUCGACGCCGACUGGGGCGAUUGUUGGGGGCGUGCUUGGUGGAAUCGCUGCGAUAUCGAUAUUGGUAGUUGGGGCCUGGUGCAUACUGCGGCGGAAACGGCAACAGCGGCAGGAAACCCCGUAUCUUCUGUCACAGAGACACGAUCUGUCUUCAAGAGAGCUGGCUAUGAAACACCACCUGGACGCGGACCAGGCCAUUCAUGAGGCGGAUAAUAGAGCAGCAAGAUACGCGCCUACGGGAGAGCUGCCAGCGCCACAGCACCCGACGGAAUUGCCAGCACAUGGCGCGCGGUCGUAA